AUUGCCGAUUGGUUGUCCACGAACAUGUCGAGUAGUCCUCCUCAUGAGGUGGCACCGUCCACAACGCCGCCGCCGCCUCCUCCUCCACAGUACUUGAUCAUCAACAACAUCCAAAAGAGAAAGAACAUCCGUGACAUGCUCCUCAGCGCCAGUGCGUUUGGAGUCGCCGAAGUGUUUGUUGUCGGACACAAGCUGCUCAGCUUUGAUCAAGCCAUGAACAUCGAAGACGUGCUGCCCGGUUUCCAGUUUCCGUUUCGCAUCACGCGCUUUGACACUCUUGCCGAAUGCCGAGCCCACCUCGUUUCUAUUGAGCCCACCGUGACCAUCUUAGGCAUUGAGAUUCUGCACAACGCCAAGAGCGUCAACGACGUCGACGUGUUCCAGGGCCCGACGGCGGUCAUGGCGGGCAACGAAGGUAGCGGGUUGAGCGACGCCCAAGUGGCCAUUUGCGAUCGAUUUGUGUACAUUCCCCAAUAUGGCGGCGGCACUGCAUCGCUCAAUGUUACGGUGGCCACAUCCAUCGUCAUGCAUGCGUUUGCAUUGUGGGCGCAUGAUUAUUCGACUGCCGGGACACCAUUAUUACCUGUAUCAAAAUAACUCGACAGACACGCAACUCUAUGCCAUGAUGGGCGCUCUAUGUAGCAACAUGGAUCGCCGUUCUGUACUGAU